CUCGAAACAAGCAACUCCGAGCAGCCUUAUUCCUAUGAUUGCAAAUGAGUGCUAGGCUCCUUCCAUGUUCUCUGCCCAUGAAGGAAAACAAUGUAACUACUAACCAAUGGCCGAUUCAAGCUGUGUAGUUAACAUCAAGCGGGAUUCUAUCAUGAGCACACUGCAUACCCAAGUUGGGUUUUCUACUCUGAAAACAUUUACAGCAUCACAGUACAAUAGCUACUCUAAAGAAAAGGCCUUUACAACUCGCCUGGCAAAUCUUCAUCCGUUAUUCCACAAGCUCACUUAGCUAGUCUAGCUAACAUGAACAAAAUUGAACAACUCCAACUGGCACGUUCUCUAAACCCAUUCAUACAAAGAUUGCAAUCAAGAAAAGCCCAAC